AUGAAGUUAUGGGACAUUCUAGCCACGUGUUUGUUGCUCCUGAGCUCCGUUUCCGCACGUCCCGUCUUCCACAAGCUGCAGCCAUCCAAAAGAGCUGUCGUCCGCAGUGAGACGCCCGCUCUGGACCCCAUCAUUGACUCCCAACCUGAAACCACUCACCAAAAACAAGCCUCCAUGGAGGAACAAUAUGACAUGAACGGCCUUUACCCGGAGCAGUUCGAGAGCGUAAUGGACUUCAUCGAAGCCACAAUCGGCCGACUGCGCCGGUCCUCCGACAUGGACGUGGACUCGCCAAGCAAGCGGGACAGGGGCCGCCAGAAAGGAGCAACAGACACAGAGCGGGGCGGACGGGGACGAGGAGACCGGAAGAGAGGUCGCGGACGAGGCGGCGGAGGCCGAAAGGAAAGCCGAGAUGACAGGGUCAAAGGUCACGGGCGUGGGUGCCUGCUGAAAGAGAUCCACCUGAACGUCACAGACCUGGGCUUGGGUUACAGGACCAAAGAGGAGCUGAUCUUCCGCUACUGCAGUGGCCCGUGUUUCGACGCCGAGACCAACUACGACAAGAUCCUCAACAACCUCACCCACAACAAGAAGCUGGACAAGGAAACGCCGUCUCGGACUUGCUGUCGGCCCAUCGCGUUCGACGACGACAUCUCGUUCCUGGACGACAGCUUGGAAUACCACACGCUGAAGAAGCAUUCGGCUAAAAAGUGCGCUUGCGUUUGACGGGCGAAACCGGAGCGAAACGCUUCAGACUGGGCCGCAAGACUCUCGCAAAGAGAUCCCAGAUAUAUUCAGUAUUCACUUUGUUACCAAACCACAUAACUGACAGCGUUUAUCCAGCAACAAACAUGGUGGAAUAAGGGAACGUGACGCGCCUGCAGUGGAUUAUCACGUUUACACUGAGAGAGCCACGACGACAGACUCCAGAUCUUUAAUAUCCAGAAAGCUAUCUAUAUAUAUAGUAUAUAUGAAAAUGUAUUUAUUGAGAUUUAAUUAAGUUAUUGUUAUUUAUUGCAAUCCAGUGUAUUAGAGUGUUUGUUUCUCUUAUUUAUUUAAGGAGGGGGGUUUUGUUCUCUAUCUUGGAUGGUGCCAAAUUUGAGCAUGCGUUUUUAAAGAAACCGUUCACAAUUCGUCAUUUACUCAAGCUCGUGUCGUUCCAAGGACGUGUGACUUGCUUGUGUGAAACACAAAAUGAGACAUUAAGGUGCGACAGGGUUUUUUUGCUUACCAAAUUUUACUGAAAUUUCGCUUAUCUUAAACUCAAAUAUUAUGCACAGAUCUAAAAAUAAUUAUAUAUUAUAUAUGCAAAAAAACAACAACAAAAUCUUUUUUUAUUUCUAAAAUUUUUUGUAAAAUUAAUAAUAUUUCAUAUUAAAAGUAUGAAGUCAAAUGGUUAAUUUGCAUGAAAAACAGACCCAAAUUUAAGAUGUUAUUCACUGCAAAUCUCUCAAAUCUCAUGGUCAAAUAUGCAGGGCAGAUGUUUUUUUUUUUUUUUUUUUGUUUUGUUUUUUUUAUAUUAAUAAUAUUUUUUAGUAAAAUAUAUUAGAAAAAAACUAGAAAUUUAAAAAUGUAUUUUCUAAUAUGUUUUACUAGAAAAAUAUAUAAGUAUCUAAUCAAUACAUUGUUCUAUAUGUUCUCUUUUUUCUAUAUUUUUGUUUUGUUUGACAUUUGGUUUUUCUAGUAAAAUAUAUUUUAAAAAACUAGAAAAAAGUUCUAGUUUUUUUCUAAUAUACUUCACUAGAAAAAAAAUAUUUUCUAUUAUUGUUACUAGAAAAAAGAUAUAUUGUUUUAUAUUUUCUCUUUUUUCCUAUUUUUAUUUUUUCUAAUAUUAAUAAUAUUUUUUCUAGUAAAAUAUAUUAGAAAAAAAUGGAAUAUAUAUAUAUAUACAAACAAUAAUGUUGAUGUUUUAUAUCUGAGCACAUUUUAUUUGAUAUUGUUAAUAUAUAUUUGUAUAUUAAUUAUUUUAUAUAGUGCAGCAAUAUAUAAAACAUAGCUCACAUAGAAAUCACUUUAUUUUAAAAAUUACACAACCAACUUAAACCCUUUGCAAAUCUGCAGGGGGAAAUCUAUCACCCCAUGCAUGCAAUUCCUAAUUAAAACGUAAAUUUUGCCUACAAAAAUUCGCCAAACACUAAAUGUGACUGUAGCCUUUAGGCAGAUGUUAGGAGAUCCUGGUUUCCAUUCAAUGAAAGUAGAUUGGGAUUUAUAUGGUUUCAUUUAGUACUGUAAAAAAAUACUGAAUAUAAGUCUUCUGAAGUCACAUGAUUGAUAUGAGGAAGCGACCCAAAUUUAAGACGUUUUUCACAGCAAUUCUCAUGGUCUCAAUAGAAAAAAAUGUUACAUACAGACUCAUUGUGCAGUGUAUGACAACUUCAAAGCCAAACAUCAGUGAAUUUUGCUGAACGCAAUGGGACCAGUGUGAAAAAUGCAUGAGAUUUGAGAGCCACUGUUCAUUUAGUUAACAAACAGCAACUUAAAUUUGUGUGUGUUCCUUGAGAACACAUGGAAAAUAAUGCAAAAGUCAUGUUUGAGAAAGUCACUUUGCAUUAGAUCUCCUUUCGUAUUUGACAGAAGAAGGUCAAAUGGGUUUGGAACGACGCAAGCUUGAGUAAAUCGGAGAGAAUCUUUAGAUGAAUGACAGAAAAGCAGAUAAUUACGUCCCAU